GAAGCAUACGGAAGCCGCAUUGGUGUUUACUGAUGACGUUUAAGCUGAAGCCGUUGAGCGAUGUGGCUAACGUCAGUAAACGGGAUGAAUGCGUUAUAUUAAACGUCGAAUUCAAGAAAUAGCUACAGGAUAUAAGCGGGAGUCAAGACAGGGACAAGAUGUUGGAGUCCUAUGUCACACCACUCCUGAUGAGCUAUGUAAACAAGUAUAUUAAGAAUCUGAAGCCAUCUGACCUGCAGCUGUCUCUCUGGGGAGGAGAUGUGGUGCUCAGCAAGUUGGACCUGAAGCUGGAUGUGCUGGAACAGGAGUUGAAGCUGCCCUUUACAUUCAUGAGUGGUCAUAUCCAUGAGCUGCGUAUCCAUGUACCCUGGACCAAGCUGGGCUCGGAGCCUGUAGUCAUCACCAUCAACACCAUGGAGUGCAUCCUCAAGCUGAAGGAUGGAGCCCAGGAUGACCACGAGAGCGGCUCUAGCUCCACCAGUCGCAGUGUCUCAGACAGCUCCAAGGCUGUGGCCAAGCCCCGCCGCCUCCAGCAGGCUGCCCCCAGCGACCCGGACCUGCCCCCAGGUUACGUGCAGAGUCUGAUCAGGCGCGUGGUGAACAACGUGAAUAUUGUGGUGAACAACUUGAUUCUUAAGUACGUGGAAGAUGACAUCGUGCUCUCGGUCAACAUUACCUCGGCAGAGUGCUACACUGUGGACGAUAUAUGGGAGAGGGCCUUCAUGGACAUCACUGCUCCAGAGCUGGUCCUAAGGAAAGUGAUCAACUUUGCUGACUGUACUGUGUGCUUGGACAAGCGUAAUGCUAGUGGCAAGAUUGAGUUUUACCAGGACCCUCUGCUGUACAAGUGCUCCUUCAGAACGCGCCUUCAUUUUACCUACGACAACAUCAAUUCCAAGAUCCCAUCUGUCAUCAAAAUCCAGACCAUGGUGGAGAGCCUGAAGUUGUCCAUUACUGAUCAGCAGCUACCCAUGUUCAUCCGCAUUUUAGAACUGAUUAUUGCCCUCUACUAUGGGGAAAUCGGAGGACACAAAGAGGGCGAAGGAGAAGAGGGCAGUGGUCAUGUGAGGGAGGCUGGAGCAAUUUUACCUGGGAUGGAUGUGGAUAUGGAAAGCCAGGGGACUAGCCAGUACUCCAGGCCAGACCUCUACAUGCAGUCUGGGAGUCCUGAAGAGGCAGACCAGGGUUGGGUAUCCUGGGCUUGGUCCUUCGUCCCAGCCAUCGUAGGCACAGAGGAGGAAAUGGAGGAAGGCCUCUACCAGCAGAGAGAGACAGGAGGCAUCUCCAACAACCCCCAGCAACACACACCCAAAGACCCCAUUGUUUCCAUAGGCUUCUACUGCACUAAAGCUUCUCUUACCUUCAAGCUGACGGAGACCCAGUCAGAGAGUAGCUACUACAGUCCUCAGAAGGUCAAGUCCAGAGAGGUCCUGUGCCUGGAGCAAGAGGGAAUCACUAUUGAGGUGCUGAUGAUGGGGGAGCCCUUCUUCGAUUGUCAGAUUGGCUUUGUGGGCUGCCGGGCACUCUGCCUGAAAGGCAUCAUGGGAGUACGGGAUUUUGAAGAAAACAUGAACCGACAUGAAGAGGAUGCAGUGUUCUUCAGCUGUGGUGACAGGCUAAGCAGUAAAGGAAUGACCUACCUUACCAACUCUCUCUUUGACUACCGCAGUCCAGAGAACAACGGAGUCAGGGCUGAGUUCAUCCUGGAUGCCGCUAAUCACAAGGAGACCUACACGGAGAUAGCGGGCAUGCAGCGCUUUGGUGCUUUCUACAUGGAUUAUCUCUACACAAUGGAGAACAGCAGUGGCAAAGGCUCUCAGGACUUCUCGGUGGUGAGUCUGGAGGAUGUAGUGCCCACUGUUCAAGAGACAUCCAUCAAGAGGCUGGUAGUGGGACCUCUGGACAUCAGGCUGCACAGCAGCGCUGUCCACCGCAUCCUCAAGAUGGUCACCUGUGCCAUGGACCACGAGUACGAACCCUACUGCAAGCCACAGCAAGAAAUGGUUGAGGAGAGCCAUGGUCCAGCUACUCCAGAAGAGAUAUCAAGCUUAGAGGAAUUCAUCCCAACCAGACUCACGUGUCUCACUCUGCUCCAAGUCUCAGUCACCGUCUCUAUGGCAGAGUUCAACCUCCUUCACACACUAAUGCCUGUCAUUAUGGGACGCAAGACUGCACCGGGACCGGUCAACAUGCCAGUGUUUCAGCCGGUGCGCCCUCUACCUUCUGUGCAGUUCCAGGUGGAAAGGGUGAAUGUUGAACACUCAGUGCCCAUGUAUGCUCCAGAGCUGGUCAGCACUGUCAGCAGUCUCAACCUGCCUUCAGACAACCUGCUACAUCACUGCUAUGCACACCUCUACCUCAAGGUGUUUGGGUUCCAGGCAGGCUUGACAUGCCAGGACAGUACAGGGGGUUUCCUGCCUCUCAUUCCCAUCAUCCCUUCCUUUAGCACUGCUCUCUAUGGGAAGCUGAUCCAGAUGCCUGUAUACUGGAGCAAAAGGUCUUCAGUCCCCACCACAGAGUGUAUUUUUGAGCUUCCCCACUUCACUGUACAGGCCACACGGGCCCAGACACUUUUGCUUCAAGCGAUCUGUCAAAGCUGGACCCACAGCAUGGUUAACGGAGCCCCAUUGACACUCAACGAAAGUCUGCUCAAUGAGGUGUACAAAGCUCCAGGUGUGAAGUCUCCGGGCCCGUCACCGACUCUUGAGGGCUCGGUCCAAAACCUGGAGCUGAAGUUCUGCAGCCGUGCAACGGUGAAAUGCGCCUCAGGAACCGUGGGAGCUGUAAAAGUGUGCGCCAGGACCCCAGGUUCGGGAGAAGGUGUUAAGGAGAAGCUGGUUCCUCUGAUUCAGGGCCCAUCUGACACCAAAGAACUCCAUAUGAGCCGCUGGCUUAAUGAGAUUCGCAAGCCUGAGUCUUUGCUGGCCCCUGACUUGCUGGCGUUUUCUGUUCAGGUCCCUCAGCAAAGUGACGAUUGCAGGAACUCAGGUGCAGUCCUGCUGGUCAGUGUCCAGGGCAUAGCUGUCAACGUGGACCCAGUCUUCUGCACAUGGCUGUUAUACCAACCUCACAGAGGGAGCAGCCGGCAACAGCAACAGGUGCUCAGUCAUGCUGUGAUGUCAUUGCAGACUCCAGGUUCAGUUCCGCUGGCCAAGAGGAGAGAGGACGAGGUGUCGGUAGGGAGCACACCACUGGCCAAACAGCCCUCCAAUCAGGCGUCAGACUAUGCCAGCAGCCCCGUCAAAACCAAGACAGUGACAGAAUCCCGUCCCCUGUCCAUCCCAAUGAAGGUGAUGCCUGACACCACAGCAGUGGAGUCAUGGACAACCUCAGAGGAGAGAAUGAAGGAGCUCAUCGCCCAUGCCUGGGAUGCUGUUAAACGCCUUACUCUACAGUUGGAGCUACAGUCAUGCUGUGUGUUCCUGCCUAAUGACAGCCUGCCCUCCCCGAGUACCAUCAUCUGCGGCGAUAUUCCCGGCACCGUCCGUAGCUGGUACCACAACCAGGCCUCUAUGCCCGGGACUCUGGUAGUCUGCUUGCCACAGAUCAGUGUCCUCAGUGCUGGCCACAAGUACAUGGAACCGCUGCAAGAGCUCCCCUUUGUGGUCUCCAAGCCCAUCUUGGAGGAAGGUGAUGCCUUCCCGUGGACUGUAAGCCUGAGUCAGUUCAGUGUGUACACAAUGCUGGGACAGCAGCAAAGCCUGAGCCUGUUGGAGCCUAUGGGCUGUACCUCCACACUGGCCGUCACAUCCCAUAAGCUGCAGAGCUGUUCUGAAGGAAGACACUCCUUUGUAGUCUGCCUCCAUGUUGAUCUGCAGCCCAUCCACGUCAAGUGCUCCAACCCUCAGGUUCAGCUAUUGUACGAGCUCCUCCUCAGCUGGAGCUCUACAUGGGCUCGUCUCCAGAGGCACGGCAUCUUGCGCCAGACCUCCAGCAUCCCAGAACCCCCUGCUGGUGCUUCUCCGUCCUCCCCAGUGCGCAGCAGUGCUGGCACCGCCCUACCAGAUACCAGCACCUGCAGCCCCUCUGCAGAUUUUGGAUCCCCCACUGAGGGUGACUCAGUGCCUGCUGGAGACGACAGUCCGUUCGCCGACACAGUGACUCUGGAGCAGAAAACUAGCAGCAUCGGUGGCACCAGUGGGAAGGUCAGCCUUUGGAUGCAGUGGAUGUUACCCAAGGUCACAGUUAAACUGUUUGCACCUGACCCAACUGCCAAAAAGACAGAGAUCUGUGUCAUCAGUGAAUUAGAAGACCUGAGUGCCUCAGUAGAUGUCCAGGAUGUUUAUACAAAGAUCAAAUGUAAAGUUGGCAGCAUCAACAUAGACCACUACAGAUGCAGUACGGAGGAGGGUGUUCGGAGCUCGGGCAGCUGUGGAGGAGUGGUCCUCUCUUGCACUGACAAGCUGAACAGACGCACUGUGUUGGUUCGACCCGUCAGCAAGCAAGACACUUUCAGCCACUUCUCUGGCUUUUUCCCUCCUACGGCAGCCAAGGUCCUGGAGGGCUCUCACCAGCAGCAUGGCUUCCUGUCGAUUACCUACACCCAGGCUGUCACCAAAAAUGUCCGUCACAAACUCACCACCCGGCCUGACCGGCCAACACGCAGCAGCGCUACCACUGCCAGUCAGCGGGUGACCACUGAUCCUCUGGCAGACAGUGCACCUCAGUACCUGAGAGAAAUCCUGCUGACAGCCCAGCCCUUUGAUGUGGUGCUAUACUGUCCCUUAUUGGCUACUGUAGCAGGGGUGUUCCAGGCUACGGUACCAAGACGCUACAGAGAGCGUGGGAAGUCAGCAGGUCAACCAAUGAGAAGCCACACACUGACCUCUCGAUGUUUGCCUCUCAUCUACAUCAACACCAGUGUGAUCAGGGUCGUCUGCCCCGGGGCUCAAGACAAACAUACAGCUUCAGUAGAUCUCCAUGAGAAAAAAGAAGACACCCUGGUUUUAAAGCUGGGUUCCCUCAGCAUGGCUCCUCAGGCUGAUAACCCCCUGACCCGCACUGUGCUACGAAAAGACAUCUACCAACGUGCUUUGAACCUUGGCAUCCUGCGUGACCCGGGUUCAGAGGUGGAGGACCGUCAGUAUCAGGUAGACCUCCAGUCCAUCAACAUUGGAACGGCUCAGUGGGAGCAACUCAAGCCAGAGAAGGAGGGGAUCAAAGGAGGUGUGUCAGCGGAGAGUGAGAGAAGCUCCCAGAACCCGGCCCUGGAGUGGAACAUGGCCAGCAGAGAGACAGGAAAGGCAGGUGAGACAGAGGGGAUGACAUGCAGCAAAGGGCCUGGGCCGGACUCGAACCCGGGCCGCUGCGGUAACAAUGCAGCCUUGAUACGUGGUGCACGCUCUACAAGUAUCAGGAGGCACCAGGAGCGGCGGGCCAUCCUGACACCAAUCCUGACUGACUUUUCUGUUCGGGUGACUGCUGCCCCAGCCAUCAUCUUCAGCAAGAAUCUAUCCCCUGACUGCGGACAGGCAGAAGAGGUGGUGGUGUGUGGCCACUCUCUGGAGGUAAACGUGACCAGCAGUCUGGAUUUCUACCUUAGCGUUGCCCAGGUGCAGCUCCUUCAGCAGCUUCUCAGAGACAACAUGUUCGGGAUGGAUGCUCCUGAGAAAAGUGCUGAGGUGCGUCGAUACGAGCAGAAGCGUGGCAGUCGAGACCCUGCGGCAGGUGUUGACUCCUCAUCACGUCACAGUGGGACUGGGCAGGACAGCGGCUUCGGCAGCGACAGUGCUCGCAUUCGCAUUGUCCAAAUAGAGCAGCAUAGCGGGGCCAGCCACCACUGCAUCGCUAGGCCCUCCCACAAAUCCACCAUCACCAAAAACCUCAGCUUCAUCCCUUUCGACAUUUUUCUCACCGCUAGUAGGCUGUCUAUCAUGACCUAUGCUUGCUCCAGUCCCCCAAAGGCCCUUCCCUCAUCGUCAGACACCCCCAGCACACCGGAGAAGAAAGAGCAUGGGGAUAAGGUGGGAAAGAGUGCCCUCAACCAGCCUGAGAUCCUGUCUGAGGCUCCUCCAGCCUCUACCUCCCCAACUCCAGACCCUGCUCCAGCUGCCCAGGGUUCCCUUGCUGGCCUGACCGCUGAGGACAUCCUUAACAGCAACACUUCCCAGCCAACCUCCCCACUACUGAGAGGCAGCCUGCUCUCCCUGGACGGCCUGCCAACUCCAAGCCGCUCCUCAGCCCGCCAAGCACUGGGUGUGACCAUAGUGAGGCAGCCAGGGAGAAGAGGUGCUGGGGACCAGGUGCUGGAACCCCUCCUGUACCUCCAGGUGAUGCAACCUUCUGCUCUGCUCAGCUGUCACCACCGCAAGCAGAGGAUGGAGCUGUCUGUGUUUGACGUGGCCUUGAGAGGAGUAGCUUCUAACUAUAAGUGCCUAGACCCAGGAAAGGCUCUGCCAGAGUCUCUGGACUACAAUGUGUUUUGGCUGCAGACAGUAGCAGGAGAGGCAGACAAUAAAACGGGCAUCCCUCCCCCUCUGCUCUGCCUCCAGAUCAAAGAUUUCCUCAAUGGACCAGCUGAGCUGAAUGUGGAGCUAUCGCGCCCUCUGAAAAUUAACCCCACCCUGGCGAAGGUAGAGCAGGCCAAAGCCUACCUGAAGAAAGUCCUACCAAACCACACAUGGGAUACCUCCAGUAAACCACCAUCUGCUUCCUCCACCCCUCAUUCCUCCCCUAAGAAAACACUGCCCAGGGCCUUUCCUUCUCAUUUAGACCAACACCAUCAGACCUCGGCCCUGGGUAAAGCCAGCAGCGUCAGGGCCCUGGCGCUGUCCUUCAACAAGGUUUCUCUGCACACUGCCCAGAUUGUAAUGGUCAUGGAGACAGAGGCCCAUCCAAUGAGGCCCAGCGUGACAGUAACAGUGUCGGCCAUGACAGGAAGUCUGAACAUGAAGUCAGGGCCUAGGAUAGAGGAUGCAGUUCAAGCUGCGUCUGUGCAGCUGGAGCUGCAAGAUGUGUUGGUGAGAACAGGGCUGAAGGACCGAAGCCGUCUCCUGCUGGGGCCGUUCUCCUGCAGCACCUCCCUGGAGGCUCGGUGGUGUCGGCACAGUGGCAGCCCUGGAUCUGAGCCGGGCCCCCCUAAACUGCUGCUGGACCUGAAGGGAGGCCUGCUGCAGGUCUUCUGGGGUCAGGAACAUCUCAACUGCCUGAAGCUGGUGGAGGAGCACCUACAGGUUUACCUAAACCUCCAGAAAGGGGAUUCGGCUGAUAGCUGUUUCAAGGGCAAGGCCUGCCACACCCAGCCACCUCCCUCUCCAGGCUCUCGCUCUCCUCGGACAGAGCACAGCUCAGAUGACCUGCGUACAGGGCACUUCCAAUACAUCCAGGACUCAGCAGCUUCCCAAAGACUGCCAGGACCCCAUGAGGUGGUGUUCUACAGCGAGACGGAGGAUAGCCCAGGGGUGAUGCUGUGGAGGUACCCUGAACCCCGCGUCCUUACCUUUGUCAGGAUAACUCCUGUCCCUUUCAACACCACAGAGGACCCUGAGAUCAGCACUGCCGACCUGGGGGACGUCCUGCAGGUACCAUGCAGCCUAGAGUACUGGGACGAGCUCCAGCAGGUCUUUGUUCCAUACCGGGAGUUCAGCCUUUCAGAGAGCAGUGCCUGCCAGCUGCAGCUGCCCAGCCUCAGCCUCACCGACCAGCAGAAGGAGCUGGUGGCCUCAGACCUGUGGAGGAUAGUACUCAAUAAUAACGGAGAGGGAGGAGAUGAACAGAGUUCUGAUAGUGAGUGUGGGUCCCAGCUACCCUGCGAUCAGUUAGUAUCUCCGAUGGCGUUGGCAGCCUGCACCCGUGUGGACUCCUGCUUUGCACCCUGGUUUGUCCCCUCCCUGGGUGUGUCCCUACAACUAGCACAGCUGGAUGUUCACCUCUGCCACCACCUAGAACAGCUGGGCACAGUUCCAUCUCGACAACUUCGUCCGUUCCUGCCAGACAGGAAGUUACCUCAGGAGCAGGAGUUCAUGGUGAUUGGUGCUCGGGAGCCGCGGACCUUCCUACGCCAGUGGAGCAAUGGGCCACAUCACUGCCAGGAGUUCAGCUUUUCCUCCCAGCUAGACUGCAAGCUGCUGGAGUACCGAAACCUAACACACCUUCAGCUCCUCCAGCCUUGUGUACUACAGGGCCAGGCUGCAGCCACCUGCUGCCCCCAGACCACCACAUUGGAUGUGAAUGUGUUUGUGGACCCGGUGUUCCUCAACAUCAGCCAGUAUGCCAUCCACACUGUGGACACUGCCCUGCACAGUUGGCAACAGAAUGGGAACCCAGAGGCUGAGGAGCUGGUCUACAGCCACUAUGUGAUCUGUAACGACACCCACGAGACGCUGCGCUUUGGCCAGGUGGACACAGAUGAGAACGUGCUGCUGGCCAGCCUCCACAGCCACCAGUACAGCUGGAGAUCCCACAAGUCGCCUCAGCUGCUGCACAUCUGCAUCGAGGGAUGGGGAAACUGGCGCUGGUCAGAGGCCUUCAGCGUGGACAACGUAGGGACUCUGCUGAGGACCAUUCAGUACAAGGGACGUACCGCCUCACUCAUCAUCAAGGUGGUGCAGCUCAAUGGUGUCCAGAAACAGGUAAUAAUCUGUGGGCGUCAGGUGAUGUGCAGUUACCUGACUCAGGACAUUGAGCUGCGGGUGGUGCAGCACUACGUGGGCCCUGACAGUCAGACGGUGGUCAGGGAACACUGUGACUGCCUGGAGGCAGGGGCCAAAUUGCCGUCCUAUGUGCUGGAGGACGCUGAGAUGACAGAGCUGUGUGUGAGGGCCCAAGGAGAUGAAGACUGGUCCCAGGAUGUUCAGCUGGAGAGGAGGGACAAGGGCAGCAGCAGCUCUGUUGUACAGGUGCCUUGCUCCAGUGGUUCUUUGCUCUAUGUGUGGUGUACUCUUAUCACAAUUGAACCUGACUCUCACAUGCAGCAGAGAGUGGUGGUUUUCAGUCCACUGUAUGUUAUGAGGAGCCACUUGCCAGAUCCAGUAAUCGUCCAUAUAGAGAAGAGGAGUCUAGGACUGAGAGAGAGCCAGCUGAUACGUGGACAGGGUCACCAGGAGCCCCUGUUAAACACUGAGGCCGACCUCACCCACCACCUCACUUUCCAGGCCAGGGAGGAUGAAGAUGCUUCCCACUGUGCUGUACCAAUCUCCACCAGCCUAAUCAAACAGAUCGUGAACAAGACUGGAAAUGAGGACAACAUGGAACACAUCCUGGCUGACUUCUAUGGUCCGAAGACCACCAAUGAGCCACCGUGGCCCUACGUCACCAAAGAUACUGACAGGUCAGUGCUGGAGCCCCUUGCCCAGUGGGACAGUCCCAUGCAGGUGAAGUUAUCCUGCUGGAAGUCCGGCCUGAACACUCUGCUGGUAGAGCUGCUGCCCUGGGCCCUGUUGGCCAACCACUCCCAAUGGGACCUCUGGCUUUUUGAGGGAGAGACCAUCGUGCUGCAGAUACCAGCCGGCAAGAUCAUUGUACCUCCCAACUUCAAGGAAGCCUUCCAGAUAGGUAUCUACUGGGCCCACACUAACACCGUUCACAAGUCUACAGCACUGAAACUGGUCCAUGACCUGACUUCCCCUCGAUGGAAGGAGGGAUCAGGCUCAGAGGUGGUCACUCUGGAUGAGGAGGGAUAUGUAGAGGCCGACAUUACCCUGGGAGCCUUCCCUGGCAGACAGAAGCUGUGUCAGUUCUGCGUGUCAUCAGUGGUGAGACAUGGCAUCCAGAUCCUACAGAUAGAGGACAGAACGAUUUUUGUCAACAACACUCCUUACAUGAUACAGUACAGGCCUCUGUUGACUGACCAUGCACUGGGAACUGAUGACCAGGCCUGUGAGGUACCAGAGACAACAGCGUUCAGCCUGGCUCCCUCUGAACAUUCAUCCCUGGCCAAACCCUGCUCUGUGCCAUGUUGGGACCUCCUCCAAACCAGCGUCCAGGGGAAGGUGGAGUUCCCUCUGCCCCUCAGACACAUGCUCUUCAGCUUGUUUCCGAGGCCUGAUAGUGGAGUUGGAUCUGCAGCAUGGAGCCUCCCCGCUCCCAUCCGACCAGAAUUCCCCAGGCAAAGUUUAUCUGUGCCCGGGGAACCAGACUCUGGGGGUGGCCUGAGCAGCAGAAGCAUAGUACUGACAUAUCAGGAGCACCUUGGGGUGACAUACAUCAUUCUGAAUGAGGACCCCUGUCCUCGCAUGCUGAUCCAUAACAAGUGUCCUAUCCCACUGCUGCUAAAGGAAAAUGUCAAAGAAACUCCAAGGACUGAGGUGUACUGCCGUCCUCUGCCUGCUAAUUGCUCCCUGCACCAUGAGCUCUAUCACCACUUUUCCAGUUUCCCCGAGUGCAGGCAGAAAGAGAUGCUGCCCACACUGCUGUUGAAAACCACCUCAGACCACAACUCCACCGACUGGACUGAUCCCAUAGAUAUCAACUGCCCCGGCACUCAGGUGGUGUUCCUGCCAGGCUUUGGCUGUCUCUACAUCAACAUGGAGUAUGAGAAAGGCACCCUGGUUCUGUCUCUGGCACCAGAGGGCAGCGUGGACGCUGUAAUCAACCAGCACAGCAGGUCUUCCAAGCUGUCCUUUAGAGUCCUCCUGAGUGAAGCCAGUGUGGUGUUGAGUGAUGACAUCACCAGUCCCUCUGGUUCUGUGGAGCUGCUGAGACUCACGUUGACCAAGCUGCUCCUCAGCCUGGCGCCAGCACCCACCUCCCUGCCUCCGGAGCUGGUAGUUGACCCUGGCAUGGGCGCAGCACCCAUCCCUACUCUGAUGCCUGACGCCUCUCUGAUCGAAGUCUACUGCUCCAGUCUGCAAGUAGACAACCAGCUGUAUAACCGAGCAAGUUUCCACUUCCCCGUGCUGCUGUGCCAGGAUCAGAGAGGGGGAGCUGAGCCCGGGGGUCCGUGGAGCAGCGAUGCCAACCCCACUGAGACUCCUGAAGCCCUGGAGGAGUUCAAACGCUCUUGUUUCCUGCAGCUGAGGAUGGUGCUGGCUGGGGACAGAUACACUGUGGAGGAGGUCACCUUCCAGCUCCAGCCUGCCAGAGUCUACCUUGAAGACACCUUUGUUUACUACAUUAAGACCCUGUUCCACACCUACAUCCCUGACAGUGCCAUGGCCUCAGCCUCAGCCACAGCAGUGACCCAGCGGAGUAGAGAGUUUGGAUCAGCCCCCACCCUCCCUGAACAGGUGCUUCAGUCGGUGCAGGCGUUGGUCCACCCUGUGCGGUUGCAGAGGCUGACCAUCCAGCCGGUCAACCUGUUGGUCAGCAUCCAUGCCUCCCUGAAGUUGUACAUCGCUUCAGACCACACUCCUCUCUCUUUCUCCCUGUUUGAGAGAGGGCCGCUGUGCACCACAGCCAGACAGCUAGUCCACGCUCUAGCCAUGCACUAUGCUGCCGGAGCCCUCUUCAGAGCUGGUUGGGUGGUGGGAUCUUUGGAGAUCCUGGGCAGUCCUGCCAGCCUGGUGCGGAGCAUCGGUAACGGCGUGUCUGACUUCUUCCGGCUGCCAUAUGAGGGUCUGACCCGCGGGCCUGGAGCCUUUGUCAGUGGGGUGUCCAGAGGGACCACCUCCUUCGUCAAACAUAUCUCAAAAGGCACGCUGACAUCCAUUACCAAUUUAGCAACGAGCCUGGCCAGGAACAUGGACCGUCUGUCUCUGGAUGAAGAGCAUUACACCAGGCAGGAGGAGUGGAGACGCCAGCUACCAGAGAGCCUCGGAGACGGACUGAGGCAGGGGCUGUCACGACUUGGCAUUAGCUUGUUAGGAGCAAUAGCAGGCAUCGUGGACCAGCCCAUGCAGAACUUCCAAAGGAACUGGGAGAUGCAGAGCUCAGCUGGUAGCAAAGCCAAAGGGGUCAUCUCUGGAGUGGGGAAAGGCAUUGUGGGGGUUUUCACCAAGCCCAUUGGAGGAGCAGCUGAACUGGUGUCCCAGACUGGAUAUGGGAUCCUUCAUGGAGCAGGCCUGUGGCAGCUUCCUAAACAACUGUACCUGCCUAAAGAGGAUAAGUCAGCUCAGGCCCCAAACAGCCACCUUAAAUAUGUCUGGAAGAUGCUCCAGUCUCUGGGGCGGCCGGAGCUCCACAUGGCCCUGCAAGUGACCAUUGUGAGUGGGUCAGGUCAGGAGCAUGCUGGCUGUCUGCUCCUCACCUCUGAGGUGCUGUUUGUGGUCAGCCUCAGUGAGGACACCCAGCAGCAGGCCUUCCCCAUCACAGAGGUGGAGUGUCAGCAGGAGCCAGGACAGCAGGGCCACCUCACCCUCACCUUACAGCAGCACACAGUAGCCAGCGACACAGAGGGUGACGGUGUUCGUGAGCGUCUGUCAGAGCAGCAGUAUCGGCGGCUGGUGGAUUACGUGAUGCGAGCCUCCCAGUUUCUUUCCCCCUCUGCUGCCUCUCUCCAGCUGCAGCCCCCGGUGACGCUUGCAGAGCCACCGCCCUCUGUCAGCAAGUCUUACUGCUACCUGGUGGAUCCCGCCUUCGCCAAGGUGUUUGUCAGCAAGUUCACCAUGGUAAAGAAUAAGGCUUUACGCAUCGGAUUCCACUAAUACACUAAGAAAAGUGUUCCAAUUUAAAUUAAGCCUUAAAAAAAUAACUACCCAUUUAUGCAUAACAUUUGUUGAGGUAAAAGAACUUCUUCUAUUAAAGUAACUCCAUCUACAUCCACGCCUUAAGGAUGUAGAGAAUUCUUAGAAAUUGUCUUUGAAAGAUAUUUUACUGAUACAACAAAUUAAUCACAUAGCCACAGAGAAAAUCAGUUUUAAUCAUAGAAACACAUGCAAGUUCAGACAUUUCAAUGAGCACAUACUGUAGUGAACACUAAAACAAAUAAGAGUUGUGUCAACUUAAACCGUCUUGGACCAACAGGGUGUUCUCUUUCAACUUUAAAUCAGGGCUCGUUCAGUCUGCGUGAAACCUCUUCAGUGUUCCAGAUAGAAAUGCACAGCACACAAUAACAGGAGUCACUAAGAUCUGUUACAUUUCUAUCAAAACAGUCUGUAAUGUUACACUCUGCAGAAUAAGCUCUUAGUGUUUACAUUCUCCAUGUAGUGAUUAUGUCUCAUGCCAAUGUUAAGUGCAAUAUUAUAUACAUGUUGAUGGAUGCUAGAGAUACCAGCUGUCAACCAAAAUGUUUUUAUAGAUGAUGUAACAUACUUGUUAGACAAUAACACUGUUCUUUGUAACCCUACAUCGAUGCCAACCCCUCAUGAUGCAACCAUGUUGUUGUUGUUGCCUUUUAUAUUGUUGUACCACUGAGCUCUAUCUGAGAUUUAAGUCUAAUGCCUUUAAUGUAUAAUAUAUUAAUAGAGAAACAUUUUAAUAAAACCUUAAAAAUUUUAA